AUGCCUUUCUUCGGGAGCCUGUCCGAUAUCUUCGCUAGUUUAUCACCGCGUCGCCGCCCCGAAGAUCGCCCGUCUGCCCAGCGUCGUCCGCCCUCUCGAACCCCUCUCGCUUCUCCUCUCCGUCGCCCUGUCUCGGAUCGCAAUCCAUUUUCGCUGGGAUCGGACUCGCAGGCCGAUCAUCUGAGCCCGGCGCUCUCUACACAGACCCUGGGCACCUCUGCGUCUGCUUUCUCGGAGCCCAUUCCCGCCGGGCAAGUGCUGACCCUCGGGUCAUUCCCCAGUCAGGACAAGUCGGCGCAGAUGAAGAGCAAGGGCCAGCCGCAGGACGACGCCCAAGCUCGCCAGGAUGAGGCUCGAUUGUUUGGCGCAAACUACAAGUAUGUCCUGAUUCGGGGAUGUUCCCUGUGCCACUAUCUGAAGAAACGCCUGCGCUAA